UCCAGCUCAGGAAUAGGUCGGGCUCCCCCUGGCGGCCCCGGGUCCCCACUCCUCUCCUCCGGCUCCCCAGCCCUCAAUCUUCUGCCCCCACCUAGCACGGGUUGGUCUCAGUGGACCAACAGACACACGGACAGACGGACGAGAGGACCACCCGCUGGGACGCCUGGGCGGCCGGAGGGGCGGAGAGGCGACGGCUGCGGCUUGAGGAGCAGGAGCAGGUGCUGCGGCGACGAGCGGGCGGGGCAGGACGGAGCAGAGCGCCGGGCGGGGGCGCGGCGCGGGCUUGCGUGGGGCCGGCGGGGAGCGGAGAGGCCGCGACUCUGAGUGAGCUGUGCCAGGUUGCGCUGGGGGCGAGGGGAUCUGGAGUGGAGUCCAGUGGGGUUAGUGACUCCGGAGGGCGCGGGAUCCCAAGGAGACGGAAAGGACAAGCGCUUGGAGGGAGAUCCCGAACAGCCGCGAGGGGGGGUGGGGGGUGGGGAGGGCAACGGAAGGUGAGGUAGAAAGGGGAGCAUACGUGGAGGCCGGACUGGGGGUCGUCAGAAUAUGAAACUGGAGCUUCGAAGGGGGCCGGGAGCAGAAAUGGGUAAGGCAAGAGAAACGGUGGGGGUUGUGUGAGGUCUGGUGAGUUGGUAAGAUCCGGAGGUGUUAAGUUCCAAGAUAGAGGAGGUGGGUUGAGAAGGAAGGCUGGGUGAGGAGAAGGAGUCUUAGGGGGAGCCCAGGGUGGUCAGCGGUGGAAGAGAGUUGAGCUGAGAUCCAGGACAAGGUGGGGAACAGGCCGGGUAGGGGGCUCACUAGGCAAUGGGCAGGGGGCGCUGAGGUGUGAGGCUGGUUUAAAGAAGCAGGGUUGCCAGGUGGAAGUGAGGAUGAGUCUGGUUGGGGAGGCAUCUCAGAAGUGACACCAGCACAGACUAAGAGUGGUCCCCAGGUGGAAGGGUGCCCAGGUAGGAAACCCCACAGUGAGGCCUAAGACUUGGUCAGGAGGGUGCCCUCCAUGGGGGAAGCCUCUCCCUGGUGGUUGCUGGAGCCAUGCUGUCCCGGAAAGGCAUCAUCCCUGAGGAGUAUGUACUGACACGGCUAGCAGAGGACCCCGCAGAGCCCCGGUACCGCGCCCGGGAGCGGAGGGCCCGCUUCGUGUCCAAGAACGGCAAUUGCAACGUAGCCCACAAGAACAUCAGGGAGCAGGGUCGAUUCCUGCAGGACGUAUUCACCACACUGGUGGACCUCAAGUGGCCACACACGCUGCUCAUCUUUACCAUGUCCUUCCUGUGCAGCUGGCUGCUCUUUGCCAUGGUCUGGUGGCUCAUCGCCUUCGCUCACGGUGACCUAGCCCCUGGCGAGGGCGCUGCCGUGCCCUGUGUCACCAGCAUCCACUCUUUUUCGUCUGCCUUCCUUUUCUCCAUUGAGGUCCAGGUGACCAUUGGUUUCGGUGGGCGCAUGGUGACUGAGGAGUGCCCGCUGGCCAUCUUGAUCCUCAUUGUGCAGAACAUCGUGGGGCUCAUGAUCAAUGCCAUCAUGCUGGGCUGCAUCUUCAUGAAGACUGCCCAGGCCCACCGGCGGGCCGAGACCCUCAUCUUCAGCAAGCAUGCUGUCAUCGCUGUGCGCCAUGGCCGUCUCUGCUUCAUGCUGCGCGUGGGUGACCUCCGCAAGAGCAUGAUCAUCAGCGCCACCAUCCACAUGCAGGUGGUGCGCAAGACCACCAGCCCCGAGGGUGAAGUGGUGCCCCUGCACCAGGUGGACAUCCCCAUGGAGAACGGUGUGGGUGGCAACAGCAUCUUCCUGGUGGCUCCUCUCAUCAUCUACCAUGUCAUCGAUGCCAACAGUCCACUCUACGACCUGGCGCCCAGUGACCUGCAUCACCAUCAAGACCUCGAGAUCAUUGUCAUUCUCGAAGGCGUGGUGGAAACCACAGGCAUCACCACCCAGGCCCGCACCUCCUACCUGGCUGACGAGAUCCUCUGGGGCCAGCGCUUUGUACCCAUUGUGGCGGAAGAGGACGGCCGCUACUCCGUGGACUACUCCAAAUUCGGCAACACCAUCAAAGUGCCGACACCACUCUGCACCGCUCGCCAGCUUGAUGAGGACCGCACCCUGCUGGACGCCGUGACCCUCGCCUCGGCCCGCGGCCCUCUGCGCAAGCGCAGUGUGGCUGUGGCCAAGGCCAAACCCAAAUUUAGCAUCUCUCCGGAUUCCCUGUCCUGAGCCAUGGUCCCUUGGUCCCCCACACUGCAUGUGUGCACAGAGGCAGUGUAGUAUGGUAUGUAGAGUGGACAUGGUAUGGGCCCCUUGGCCGGGCCAGGAUCUGAUGUGAGGCUGGGCCCUCUUCAGCUCAGCCUCCCCUCCUGCUGUUAGCCCGUGGCGUUACAAGGCACUUGUCACUACGCUAUUUCUGGCCUCAACAGGAGACUGUACUGGGUUAUUUUUGUCUCUGCUCCUCCCAGCCCCAGCUCAGGACCGGCUCACCCCCCACCCUCUCCCUCCUCCCCAGACUGGGGAAGCUGUGGGAAGUGUUGGACCCUCAAGUUGGGUCUCUGUACAAUCGUGCAUCCCCAUGAUCAAUUGACCACAAGCUGGACAGAUGGCUGGGGAAGAACAGUCCCCAGGUUGGCAACCUGCUGCUCUGUUUCUGUGACCCCAAGAGAUGACUGGCCACUCUUGUUCCCUGAAAAAGUGGUGGCUUAAUGGGUGGGCCCUGCCAGCUGGAGAGGGCAGUCAAUGAAGGAGCACAUUCCAGCUGGAGGAUUGGAGGUGUGGAACCUGCACAGACGGGGAAAGGCUGAGGCUGACAGGGCUCCCCUCCCCGGGGCAGACUCAGGCAGGGAGGAAAUGGUGUGAGGACACUCAGCUAUGCCGAGCUCUGCUCAGGCUCAGGAAAGAGGAGAUGGGCUCCUGUGCCCUCGCCCUUUGCCCUGACACCAAGGCUUCAAUGGUGAGGGGCUGCGGUUCCUGCCCACCCCCAUUCUGCCCCUGCCCUGGGAGGCUGAGGUGGGCUGGGGCAGACAGUGGCAUGCUAAGCAGAAAGAGGCUGAAGAGAGGGGGUCCUGGGCCCACCGUACAGAUUGAGCUCUGGUCCUGGCUCCCCACGGGUGGCUAUCGCUCACUCUGUCUGUCCAGAGGGUGGCCGUGGAGGGUCUUUGGAUUGGAAAAGGAGAUGUUGGAAAGCUCAGGAUGGUGGCGGUGAGCAAGGUUGCUGAGGCAAAGAGGCCCUUGGUCCUCAUGGGCUUGACCCCAAGUGGCACUCUUGAAGCAGUGCUGCAUAUACUUGCCCAGGAUUCUGCCUUCUCUGUUGUCAACAAAACUUCCCUACACUCUGGGCUGCUCUUGCGGGGGAGGGAGAGGCAUGCUGCUGGACAGGGAGGGCAGGGGCUGGCAGCUGCCAGCCCACAUUCCAAAGGUGCCACAGAUCCUAGCCAGGAGGCCAGGAAAAGGACUUGGGGCUGACCCUUGUCACCCAGUUCGGAGAGACUUUUACCUUUCUGCCUCAGGUAGUCCAGCCCUGCCAGCCUGUCUGACCAUCUCAAUCUCAGAGCACCUACCAGGCUUAUAGCCCUGGGCCCUGCGUCCACUUCCAGCAAUAUGCUGGCAGGCUGGAUGGUCAGGGCAAGAGGUGGGGACGUCAUAUGCAUUAGUGUACAGGCACCUCGGAGAUAAUCGAGGGUUCAGUUCCAGACCACCACAAUAAAGCAAAUAUUGCGAUAAAGAGUCAAAUAAAUUUUUUGGUUUCCUAGUGCAUAUAAAAGUUAUGUUUACACUGUACUGUA